AUGGGUUCCGCCAAUGGUGUCAUCUAUGGCGGGGAAUCGCCGCUCGAUAUGACCGUCCUUGGGCUGAAUUCGGGCACGUCAAUGGAUGGAAUUGAUUGCGCUCUCUGCCGAUUCAGGCAGGCAUCUCCUGACGAGCCGAUGCACUUUGAACUGCUCAAGUAUGACGAGAUCCCCCUUGAGCCGAAGAUCAAGAAGAGAGUCAUGAACAUGAUUCUUCACAACACGACGACGCCACAGGAGCUAUCAGAGGUCAAUGUCAUUCUCGGAGAAACGUUUGCGGAUGCAGUCAAGGCUUUUGGAGAGAAACACGGUGUCCCGUUGUCGUCUAUCGAUGUUGUCGGCUCGCACGGGCAGACCAUCUGGCUGGAGAGCAUGCCCCAGGACGGGCACAAGCAGUCUGCCCUCACCAUGGCCGAGGGAACGUUUAUUGCAUCGCUUACCGGCAUCACAACCGUGACGGAUUUCCGGGUGUCAGACCAAGCGGCUGGUCGCCAGGGCGCCCCCCUGAUUGCCUUUUUCGACUCCUUGGUGCUCCACCAUCCGACAAAGCUCAGGGCGUGCCAGAACAUCGGCGGCAUUGCCAACGUGUGCUUCAUCCCUCCGGACUCCAACGGCCAACUAAACGAUGAAUUCUUUGACUUUGACACCGGCCCAGGCAAUGUCUUCAUCGACGCUGCUGUGCGUUACUUUACCAAUGGAGAGCGGGAGUAUGACAAGGAUGGAGAGAUGGGCAAGAUCGGCAAGGUGAACCAGGAGAUGGUGGACGAAUUUCUCACGACACACUUUUACUUUGCUCUCGAGCCACCAAAGACGACGGGCCGAGAGGUCUUCCGCGACACUAUUGCGCACGAGCUGAUUGAGCGUGGUGUCGCGGCGGGCAUGUCACCUGAAGAUAUCGUGGCUACCAUCACCAGAAUUACGGCACAGGCCAUUGUUGAACACUACAGACGAUAUAUGCCAACGCAAUACGGGCCGUUGGCAGAGGUGUACAUGUGCGGAGGUGGAGCCAAGAACCCCAACAUCCUUGACCAUCUUAAGGAGUCGUUCCCGGAGACCAAGUUUGUCAUGUUGGACGAGGCGGGCAUUCCGGCGGACGCAAAGGAGGCCAUCACUUUUGCGUGGCAGGGGAUGGAGGCUGUGGUCGGUCGAAGCAUCCCGGUUCCGUCUCGAGUCGAAACGAGGCGAGGUUAUGUGCUGGGAAAGGUCAGCCCCGGAGCCAACUACAGGCGGGUGAUGAGGAAGGGCAUCGACUUUGGAGCGGGGCAUGAGCAUCUUGAUCCCGUAAGGGAGCUGGUCAAUUACGUUGACGGCAGCGUAUACAACAACAAGAUCUGA